CUGAGUGAAAAGGGACCUGCUAAUUUGGCUGGUGCUGAGGUUGGGACAAAGCCUGGUGUCGAUGCACUGUAUAGACAGGCGGACAGAGAGACAAACAGUUAGACUAACGGGCGGACACACACACACACAAAGAGAUGCUCAUCAUGUGUCCCUGGAGUCCAGAUGGGGUGUGUCCCCUGUCCUUCCAGCACCUCUCCCUCUCUGCUCUACUAAUCAACCAUCUUUCAUUUCCACUUUCUCCCGUUCUCUCUCAUGCCUAAAAUAACAACAUGCACCUACAGUAUGUGAAGCCCACCGCACUAACUUUACCCACGUCGGCUCCAAUAGCUAGUAGCUGCUGUGUACUGAAAGUACAAAAGCACCAUUCUUCUGAACGCCGGCUUUUAGUGCAAAGUCACUUGUUGCAUAAGGUCAAUCAGGCUUGUGCAUUUGUCAAGAUCUCCAACGCCCUUUGAAUAUAGUUUUAUACUUAGAAAUCAUUCUUACAUACAGAUCUGAAUAAUGUUAGAAUGAAUAGUUAAGCCUGAAUUGAGGCUAUUACACUAUCACACGUUUAUCUUGGAACACUGUCAAAUGUUAACUCCUUAGUGGGCAAAACAGAGCUCAAUAGAUUACUUUUUAAACCAAACCUCCAGUGACAUAUUAGAAGCCAUGAGACUGAUUGAACACUCACCAAGCCAAAGUCCUUCAGAGAUGACUGUAUAUUCUCUAGGUUUCCAUGUGUUUUCACUGCGCAGCUAUUGAAAAGUGCUUAGUCCUGUAUUUCCUGGUCACUAUAGUGUAAAAUCAUCUGUCAAGGGUACAUGAUUAUUCUCUUUUUGCCAUUUGAUAUUUCUACUGAAUAAGUUCAUGGAUGGCCUACACAUGUCAAUGUCUUCCCAAAAUGAACAAUUAAAACCUUAGAAGUUAUCGCUGUUAUUAUUGAAUGACCAGAUGUUUUGUUUAAGCAAGUUCGGGUAAAUCAUUCACUACUACAGAACCAGGAUGUGUGUGCUCUACAUUCCAAAAACAAUCCUAAGCCUUUCGGUACACACAUCUUUUUACAAGAGCUGCUCGCAAGCCCAUUUUUGUGAUCCUAAAACUACAUUUGGGGAUUUUCAGUAAGACUCAACAAUGGGUAGAGCGACAACAGGGAUUCUUUGGUUGAUGCUAACUCUGGGAGUAGUCACAGCUCAAAUAGGUAAGGUGGAGCGGACACUGCCCCAGUGGCUGACGGGCAUCAUAGCUGUGGGCGUCUUUCUCUUUCUCAUCUUCGUGGCGGUUCUGGUCAACAAGGCCUGGUGUCAGGACUCAAGGCUGGAGACCAAAGUAUGUGAGUGUGUGGAGACCACUGGCGUGGUGAAGACCAACUAUAAUACCAGCCUGGAUACAGUCAGGAACGGCGAUGACGAGGGUGCAUAUGAGAACAUGGCCCUUGAAAGGGUGGAGGACAAAGUCACUGUCAUGUGACCGAUAAGAACCAACACAAGACACCAAUGUAUAUGGGUUUGUCGUGGACACACACACACGGGCCUAAAGUGUGAUUCAACGCUUAGACCUGAAAAAUAAAAUGGAAAAAUCUCAUAACAAUGGAAGCAACUGAAAUAUUUGCUAUCAGCGUAUGAAUGACACGUGCUAUCACAACUUAAGGAAAUAAAUUCACUUGGAGAUCAGAGGUAGGACAUGGUGGAAAUGAUUGUGCUCCUCUUGUAUUUAAUAAAACAUGGAACAUCAUCAAACAGUU